AUGAGUAACGGAGAAAAAUUAGAAAACAAUGAAACCGAAGUCAUUGUCACGGAAUCAAAGAAAACUGAACUCACUGGUUUUUUGAAGACACUUUCUACAUUUACAGGAGAUAUUUAUAGUUUAACCUGUCCCAGUUUUUUACUUUCUGGUGUUUCUACCUUAGAAUAUUGUCGAUAUUGGGCAGACUUUCCAGAACUUUUUGCAAAUAUUUCAAAAUCAUCUGAAGAGGUAGAAAGAGCGAUAGCAGUUCUUAAAUGGUACGUUAGUACUCUUUAUGGAUCAUUCGCAUCUAGGAAAGAUAAAGAGAAAAUUGAGAAAAAACCUUUCAAUCCAAUCCUUGGUGAACAAUUUUUAGCCGGAUGGGGUGAUCGAUAUAAUUGUGGAGAGACUUUCUUGGUCUCGGAACAAGUGAGUCAUCACCCACCAAUUUCUGCUGUGUAUCUUGAAAAUAAUCAAGCGGGUGUGUCGGCAAAUGGACAUA